AUGGAUGCACAUGCGAUUUGGAUUAAGAACCUUGAGUUACACGUGGCACAGUUGUCUACUAAUGUGAACCCACGCCAACCGGGCAGUCUUCCUAGCAACACUAUCCAAAAUCCUAUAAUUUAUGGGCAAUAUAUGGCAGUCACAACUCGAGGGGGUAAGCAGACCAUUGAUCUACCUAUGUCAUAUGUAGUAGAAGAUGAUAUGAGAAAAGACGAAGAUGUAGUAGAAGCUAGUGAAGAAUCAGUGAACAACACGGUGAAAGAAGCAGAGUUUUCUAGCAUUGUACCUUUGAUGGAAGGUUUGGAGCAAUUGCCAGGUUAUGUUAAGUUUAUGAAGGAUAUUGUAACAAAGAAGAUAUCGGUGAGUUUUGAGGAUGAUGACAGAAUUCAACAUUGUACUUCUAUUGCUACAAGGUCUAUUGUGCAGAAGAAGGAAGAUCCUGGCGCUUUCGCUAUUCCAUGUACAAUUGGGUUGUUAGGCUUGGAUUACCCAAAGCCCACUAUGAGUCGGUUACUGAUGGUCGAUCGAAUGGUGAAGAGUUCCAUUGGUAUACUCCAUGAUGUGCUUGUGAAAGGGGAGUCAUUUAUAUUUUCUGCCGAUUUUGUGAUUCUUGACUGUGAGGUUGAGAGUGUAUGUGAGGUACAAAUUGAAGACCAACUAGCUGUCGAGACACUAGCGACACUGAUCACGAAUUUUGAUAGUGAUGGUAUUGAAGAGUAUGGGUCUUUGGUGGCUUCUCUUGAACGAAAGGCAUAUCGGUCAAAACUACAGAAAUUGGAGUUGGAUAUGAAGCAUCACGAGUCUGCCCCUGUGAAAACAUCUACUGAGGAGGCCUCAAAUUUAGAGCUUAAGGCUCUACCACAUCAUCUAAGGUAUGUGUUCUUGUGUAAAGAUCACACUUUCUCAAUGAUUAUUGCAGCAGAUUUGAAUGAACAACAAGUUGAGGGUUCAGUGGCGGAAGGUAUAGUGGAGGUCCAUCGCAUCUCGCAGAAGGGGAAAGAGGUUGAUCGAGUUAAAGUGGAAGUGAUAGAGAUGAUUCCUCCACCCAUCUCUGUAAAAGGUGUGAGAAGUUUACUUGGACACGCGGGCUUUUACCAGAGGUUUAAGGAUUUCUCGGAAACUGUACACCCUUUGUGCAAACUGCUCGAGAAGGAACGUAAGUUCUAUUUCGAUGAAUCCUGUCUGCAAGCAUUUGGAGAGUUGAAGAAGAUGUUGGUGUAUGUGCCUAUUUUAUUUCACCGGAUUGGAGUGAGCAAUUUGAGGUAA